CAGAGAAUUCUCCCUUCUCAAAAACUGGAAACUCUGCAAAAAGAACAAAGAGCCCUUUAUGCAUCUGCUUCAGUUUUUUCCAUAACAGCCAGAAACUUUUGAACUUCAACAAGCAAAGAAGAAGAAGAAGAAGAAGAAAAUGGCAGCUGAAAAGCCUACCUCUAAAGGCCAAGCAUGGUUUUGUGCCACUGGAUUACCUAGUGACGUUGUAAUUGAAGUCGGUGACAUGAGUUUUCAUCUCCAUAAGUUUCCUUUGAUGUCAAAAAGUAGAAAACUUGAUCAGUUAAUAGCAGAGCAAGGUCGGAAAUCAUCUACUGCAACCGUUACUAAUCAUAAGCAACGUGAAACCGAGACCGAAAUUGAAGAAGAAGAGGAUUGUCAAGAAGAAGUUGAAGAAGAAGACGAUGGCGAAUGCCAAAUAUCUCUACCCGAUUUCCCUGGUGGUUCGGAAACCUUUGAAACUGCCGCCAAAUUCUGUUACGGCGUAAAGAUCGAUCUCUCCUCCUCUACCAUCGUUUCUCUCCGUUGCGCAGCCGAAUUCCUGGAAAUGUUUGACGAGUACUCCGAAGAUAACCUUAUUUCCAAAACCGAUCGGUUCCUUUCUCAAUUCGUUUUUAAAAGCCUUAAAGAAUCGAUCAAAGCGUUUAAAUCAUGCGAAUCAGUCAUGUCCUUAGCGGAAUCUUUGGACAUUGUUCAGAGACUGAUUGAUUCUAUCGCUGUGAGAGCUUCUUCUGCCGAUCCGACUCUGUUUGGCUGGCCAGUGAAUGACGGAAUCAUCGAAGCCAAAGGCGCCUCGAGCCAUGCUUUAUGGAAUGGAAUCGAAACCAGUUUGAGAAGAAAAGCUCUAGCUCGAACCAACAAUAUAGAGUCCUGGUUUGAAGAUAUGGCAUUGCUGAGUUUACCGUUGUUUAAACGCUUGAUUUUAACGUUGAAAACGCGACAUCUGGGUCCUGAUAUCAUGGAAAGAUGCCUUAUAUCUUAUGCCAAGAAGCACAUUCCAGGAACAACGCGGUCGAAUCGGAAAUCACCGUCUUCGUCGGUCUCUGUUGUUUCACAGAGUGAACAGAGAGAACUUUUGGAAACUAUCAUCUCGAACCUGCCGUUAGAAAAGAGCCACUCUCGCUCAUCAACCGCGACGCGGUUCUUAUUCGGUUUGUUACGAACCGCCAACAUUUUAAAUGCAUCGGAAUCUAGCAAAGCCGCGUUAGAGAAAAAGAUCGGGAUUCAGCUGAAGCAAGCUACAUUAGACGAUUUGUUGAUGCCGAGCUACUCGUAUCUAAACGAAACGCUCUACGAUAUUGAUUGCAUUGAGAGGAUUUUAGGUUAUUUUUUGGACGGAUUGGAGGAGAGAACCGCCGAAGGAACCGAAGCUAAUGGCAACAAUAUUAUUGUCAAUAAUAAUAGCGUAAGACCGUCGGCGUUGAUGGUUGUCGGAAAACUAAUCGACGGUUACCUUUCGGAGAUCGCAUCCGACGCGAAUUUGAAGGCGGAUAAGUUUUAUAAUCUCGCCAUUUCCGUUCCUGACCAAGCUAGAAACUUCGAUGAUGGACUUUACAGAGCUGUAGAUAUGUACCUCAAGGCGCAUCCUUGGAUUCCAGAAUCGGAGCGGGAAAAGUUAUGUGGAGUAUUAAAUUGUCAAAAGCUAACGCUAGAAGCGUGCACACACGCGGCACAAAACGAGCGGUUACCACUACGCUUAGUUGUUCAAGUCGUGUUUUUCGAGCAGUUACAGUUACGUCACGCGAUUGCCGGGACAUCGAUAGCGGCAGAAACGGCGCCGUUGAUUGCAGGAAGAGCGUUGGAGAUUAGGAGAGAAGAAGAAGAAAAGACGGAGGAGGAGGGGACAGCGGCGUCGUUGUUACGAGGGGAGCAAGGGAGAAGGAGGGGUAACAAGUGGAGAGCGGCGGUGAGGCAGAAUCAGGUGAUGCGACUGGACAUGGAUAGCAUGAGGACGCGGGUGCAUCAGCUGGAAAGGGAAUGUUUGACGAUGAAAAAGGUGAUUCGACAGAUAGAGAAGGGAGGUCCACGUGGCGGUAGUUGGAAAGAAUCGUUGAGUAAGAGGUUUGGGUGCAAGUUCAAGACACAAGUUUGUGAUUCUCAUGUAUCAACGGUCACGGAGACGCGAAGAGGAAAACUUGAUCAAUCAAACCACCAUCAUCAACAAUAGAGCUUUCAAAUAAUUACUUUAAUUUGGCAUUCUACAAAUAU